ACCACCACCUUCCUUGUACAAAAAGGAGUUUCCAUAUUGGUUUUUCAACGAAAAUUCCACAUAAACAUAAAUAUUCUUAUAUUCAUUAACUAUUAUACGCUUCUUCUGGUUUGUAACACCCACCGAUAAUAAUAUCAGAAAACAAGCACACCCUUCAAGCCAAAUCUUCAUUUUCAUUGCUGUUUUGUAGAGUUUUUUCCUCAUUCUUUGGCUUUUUGCUCAUAAACCCAAGAUUUGUCAUCUGGGCAUUUGUCAUUAUGUUUUCGAGAUCUUGUUUUAAUCUUCUAAACCUUGAUGAUUAUUCGACUGUUGAUCGGACUCGUAUACCCAGAGUGAUGACAGUCCCGGCGAAAAUAUCGGAGUUUGAUGAGAGUUAUGAUGAAGGCGAGGUUGAUGAUAAAAGUUGUGAGAGAACUGAGUCCGACGACGUUGUCUCGUCAGUGAGUCAAGAACGCAGAAUCAUUGUGGCAAACCAGUUGCCAAUCAAGACUUUUCGAGAUUCAGAAACCAAGAAAUGGUGCUUUGAAUGGGACAAGGAUGCUUUGGCUUUGCAGCUCAAAGAUGGCUUUUCGCCGGACGUUGAAGUCGUCCAUGUCGGGUGUUUGAAGGCGAAGAUUGACCCUGCGGAGCAAGAAGAGGUGGCUCAGUUUUUGCUGGAUAAAUUUAGGUGUGUACCCACUUUUCUGCCAUUAGAGUUAUUGAACAAGUUCUAUCAUGGCUUCUGUAAGCAUUAUCUUUGGCCUUUGUUUCACUACAUGUUGCCCGUGACACCAAGCCAUGGAGUCCGUUUUGAUCGUACUAUGUGGCAAGCCUAUUUAUCAGCAAACAAGAUUUUUGCUGAUAAGGUAAUAGAGGUGAUCAACCCUGAUGAGGAUUCUGUUUGGGUACACGAUUAUCACCUCAUGGUAUUACCAACUUUCUUGAGAAAAAGAUAUCAUAGAGUAAAGCUUGGGUUUUUCUUGCAUAGUCCCUUUCCAUCGUCGGAAAUAUAUCGAACAUUGCCUGUGAGGGAUGAGAUUUUGAGGGCCUUUUUGAACUGUGAUCUUAUUGGAUUCCAUACAUUUGAUUAUGCAAGGCAUUUCUUGUCAUGUUGUAGAAGAAUGCUGGGAUUGGAUUAUCAGUCCAAAAGGGGUUACAUUGGUCUGGACUAUUAUGGUAGAACUGUCAGCAUUAAGAUCCUCCCUGUUGGUGUUCAUAUGGGUCAGCUUGAAUCCAUUAAAUCUCUGCCGGAAACAGCCAUGAAGGUUCAAGAAUUGAAGGAAAAGUAUGAGGGGAAAACUGUGGUGUUGGGUGUUGAUGAUAUGGAUAUGUUUAAGGGUAUUAGUUUGAAGUUUUUAGCAAUGGGGCAGCUUUUAGAAGAGCACCCUGAAUUUAGGGGAGUAGUGGUUUUGGUUCAAAUUAUGAACCCUGCGAGGAGUUCAGGUAAUGAUAUUCAAGAGGUUCAGAAUGAGAUCAAUAAAGUUGCAGGGGAAAUCAAUCAGAAAUAUGGCCAACCUGGGUAUGAGCCGAUUGUUUGUGUCAAUGGACCAGUUACAACCCAAGACAAAGUUGCAUAUUUUGCAAUUUCUGAGUGUAGUGUGGUGAAUGCUGUGAGGGAUGGCAUGAAUUUGGUGCCUUACAAGUACACAGUUUCCAGGCAGGGUAGCCCUAAUUUAGAUAAGGCCUUGGGGCUCGAUGGGUCGGCAACACCAAGAAAGAGUGUUCUUAUUGUUUCAGAAUUCAUUGGAUGCUCACCAUCUCUCAGUGGGGCAAUCCGGGUUAAUCCUUGGAAUAUUGAUAGUGUGUCGGAUGCUAUGAAUUUGGCAAUCACAAUGCCAGAGGCUGAGAAACAAAUGCGCCAUGAGAAGCACUACAAAUAUAUUAGUUCUCAUGAUGUUGCUUAUUGGGCGAGGAGUUUUGAUCAGGACCUUGAGAGAGCCUGUAGGGAGCAUUAUAUCAAGUGGUGCUGGGAAAUUGGAUUUGGAUUGGGUUUCAGGGUUGUUGCUUUGGGUCCUAAUUUCAGGAAGCUCUCAGUAGAACACAUAGUUGAUUCUUAUAAUAAGACCAACAGCCGGGUUAUACUUCUGGACUAUGAUGGUACCAUGAUGCCACAGGGUCAAGUGAAUAAAACUCCUAGCAGUGAAAUUAUUUCAGUCUUGAAUGGCUUAUGCAGUGACCCCAAAAAUGUUGUUUUUAUAGUGAGUGGCAGAGGAAAGGACUCUCUGAGCAAAUGGUUCUCCCCAUGUGAAAGACUUGGCCUAUCUGCAGAACAUGGUUACUUUACUAGGUGGACUAGAGAUUCCCAGUGGGAGUCCUGCACGUUAGCAAUGGAUGUUGACUGGAAAAAAAUGGCGUUGCCAGUGAUGGAGCAUUAUACGGAGGCAACAGAUGGCUCUUUCAUAGAACAGAAAGAAAGUGCUUUAGUGUGGCACCAUCAAGAAGCUGACCCUGACUUUGGGACAUGGCAAGCAAAGGAGCUUCUAGAUCACUUGGAGAAUGUUCUAGCUAACGAGCCUGUAGUUGUUAAAAGAGGCCAGUACAUUGUUGAAGUGAAACCACAGGGUGUGAGCAAAGGUGUAGUGGUGGAGAGUCUUAUUGCAACCAUACAGAGUAGAGGGAAGCCGCCAGAUUUUGUGGUGUGCAUAGGCGAUGAUCGUUCAGAUGAAGACAUGUUUGAGAGCAUUGCAAGCUCAGUUGCCAACCCGUCCUUGCCUGACAUAGCAGAAGUAUUCGCGUGCACAGUUGGUCAGAAACCAAGUAUGGCAAAAUACUACCUUGAUGAUACAGUUGAAGUAAUUAGGUUGCUGCAAGGCCUUGUCGCAGCAACAUCGUCACAGAAACCAAAGUCUGCUCAUUUCCAAGUCUCAUUUGAAGGGUCUCUUUGAUAGGAUUGACAACUAGGAGAGAUCAUUCAAGUCUCUGCCGUUAAUAGAGGGCAUUUGGCACCAAGUUCAGAGCAGAAUGCUUGCUCUCUGUUGUUGUCUUUUUCGAAGGGGCAGGCACAAUCUAGAGCUAGUGAGAUACCCAGCUUUGUACAGAACAUACUUUACAUUUACAGGUCAUCUCAACACCAAUAGUUGGAAAUUUACCAAAAUUAGUUGAUUCAGGUUUUCAUAGUUCCAUCUGCUGAAUGAACUCGUUUCCAUAACCUUUAGAAAUUUAAUUCUUGAUUCUUUUGUUUAAUAGAAAUCUAUAGCAUGCCUUAAACUACAUGGAUGAUUUUUAGAAUUUGAGCCAAACAAUCACAUUUCAUGAUGAUGCUUGAAACAUGGGUUGUAAUUCCUAAUUUU